AUGGCCCGACUGGCCGCGCUGCUGCUGGCCGCUGCCCUGGGCGCGCUGCUCAGCUUCGUGCUGCUGGCCGCCGCGGUCGCCAGCGACUACUGGUACAUCCUGGAGGUGGCGGACGCCGGUGACCGCACCGACCGCACCGAGCGGCUGUCCUCGCACUCGGGGCUCUGGCGCACUUGCGAAGGGCAGAACAGCUGCAUACCCCUGAUCGACCCCUUCAGCAGCAAGGGCCUGGAUGUCUCCCCCUCAGUGCAGCACCUUCUCUCGCUGCACCGAGCUGUCAUGGUGGUCCUUCCGUUGAGCCUGAUCCUCAUUGUGUGCGGCUGGGUCUGCGGCCUGCUCAGCUCCCUGGCCCGGAGUGUCCCUCUGCUGCUACUCACCGGCUGCUACUUCUUGCUGGGGGGUGCCCUGACCCUGGCGGGGGUCAGCGUCUAUAUCAGCUACUCGCACCUGGCCUUCGCGGAGACUGCCCGCCAGUACGGCCUACAGCACAUGCAGGGCGUCCACAUCAGCUUCGGCUGGUCAGUGGCCCUGGCCUGGGGCUCCUGUGCCCUGGAGGCACUCAGUGGCAUCCUCCUGUUGGCAGCCGCCCGAACCCUCAGCCUGAGCAGGCUCCCAGGUGCUCCCCACUCUGUGGCCAUCUGA